AUGGCCAGUGCCAACUGUGUGGCCGGUGACCCCAGUUCCAGUCCCAAACAUUCAAAUGGCCAUGCCAGUCCAGUCGAUUUACUCAGGAGGUUUCACAAGCUACAGGCUGAGAGAGUGGAAGGCUACAAUGUGUUUGAGCAGGCCUUCGACACAUUCAUCAAUGGCAUCCCAGAGUACAACUUUAACGAGUAUAAACAGCUGGUGGCAGAAAUCACUUUGUCAUUUCGACGGAUCUCAGAGGAGAUUAUACACAUCAAAAACUCCUUAAGAGACACCCACAAUCAGCAGCAGAUUUCAGCAAUCAUUGAGAAGAUUCAAGAACUGGAAGAAGCCAAAUUAAAAUCGACUGCAGAUCUUCAGAUUGCCAGAAAAAAUGCAGCAGAUGAGCAUGAGGGUGAUCAUCAACAUGAGAUAGUAGCACUUCGUCAUACGCUGGACGAGCUGGCUCGAGAGAUCAGCGACGUUCUAGAGGACCUCAAGUUUGAAUCUGAAGAUCUGUAUGCACAAGAAGCUGAGGAUGAGAUGUCCAGAUGA